AUGACACGCAUCACAGCCCAUGAGCGUGUGACUGCAUCAUACAUGACUUGGAUGUCUGUCCGCGAUGUUGCUCUGCUCAACGAGGAGCAAGACAUCGACUUUCUGGUUCAAAAGCUCAGUGCUGAUGUCGAGACUCUUAAACUGAUCCGCACUACCCGUUAUCUUGGUCCUCGCGAGCACGUUGCAAAGGCUGGCAAUCUCCAUCUUGCUUGGAUAUACAAAGAUGGGAAUGUCAACGACCAGAAGCGGUUCGAAAAUAUGCUUCGUAUAUCGCCAUACUGCUUUGAUGUUCUUCUGGAGCUUAUCAAGGACCAUACGAUUUUUUCUAACAACUCGAAUAAUCCGCAAACACCUAUCGAGCAGCAACUUGCUGUUACACUGUAUCGUUUGGGGAGAUAUGGCAAUGGCGCUUCAAUCGAGGACAUUGCACGGAUUGCAGGUUGCAGUGAAGGGUCUGUGGAGAACUUCACAAACCGUGUCUUCACCGCAAUUGAAGCUCUGCAUGAUCUCUUUGUUCGGCCAUUAACAACAGCAGAGAAAGAGGUGGAAAAGGAUUGGGUAGAGCAAAAUGUUGGGUUUGGAGGGCUGUGGCGCGAAGGAUGGAUCAUGUAUGAUGGCACCAUCGUACCCCUCUAUGCGAAACCUGCUUUGAACGGUCAAGGAUACUACACACGCAAAUCCAAUUAUGGCCUGAAUGUUCAGAUCGGCAAUGCACCAUCUAACCUACGGAUCGUUGAUUAUUCCAUUGGACACACUGGGUCAGCGCAUGACCAACUUGCUUUCGAAGGCACCGCGGCAUACAAAUAUCCAAAUUGGCUUUUUUUCGGUCGUGAAUUUGGAUGGUUUGACUCAGCAUACACCCUUACUGGCCGCUCUAUUCCGAUCAUCAAAGAACCAGCUGCUCUUGAGCCAGACAACAUGGCUUUCAACAAGACUUGUUCGCACCUGCGUGUGAGAUCAGAACAUUGUAUGGGUGCCUGGAAAGGUCGAUUUCAAGCUCUCCGAGAGCUGCGGGUGAAUAUAAAUUCGAACUCUGACCACGAAGAAGCACUUCGAUGGAUUAUGGUUGGUAUCAUCCUUCACAACAUGGUAAUUGACAUCGAGGGCGGGGACGCAGGUGCCGCAUUUCAUGAGCCUACUGAACCUGACACCGAGGCUGGUCGUGCAAAGCGUCUGGAACUGAUCCAGGAACUGGCGGCUUAUCGAGCGACUCUUUCUCAUCAUGAGUAG